GUGUUUUAUCGCGUGAUUUGGACCCAGCUGAUUGCUGUGACUGCUGUCCGCUUGAAGCUGGUCUAGCAAGAAGAGAGACAGAAGGCAGCAGAUAACUUCUGGAGCACAAGAGCGACUCAUUAGCGCUCAGCCAAAUGCAAGUGUCGAACAGCGCAGCAAACUAAUGUUACAGCUACUCAGAUGUGGACGACUAAACUGAAACGACGGUAGAUAAAGGAGACAUCAAAAUAGAAGAGCUAGCUUAGUUUCAAUGUUAUUGCUAAUCAGAAGACGCACUGGCUCACAAUGUCCUGUUCUGGCAAUCUGGUUUGGGAUGUAAAUAAGCGUUUAAUUGGAUACAACGAACCGAACAUCAUCAGGACCAACUAUUUAGGCAGAAGAGAAUUCGUCCAGAGGCUAAAACUUGAAGCCACACUGAAUGUACAUGAUGGAUGUGUCAACACCAUUUCAUGGAACGAUACAGGAGAAUACAUUCUUUCGGGUUCAGAUGAUACCUUUCUGGUCAUCACCAACCCAUACAACAAAAAAGUCAAAAAAUCAAUACGUUCAGGACAUCGGGCAAAUAUCUUCAGUGCUAAGUUUAUGCCUCACACCAAUGACCACGAGAUCAUCUCCUGCUCUGGAGAUGGCAUCAUCUACUACACCCACACCGAGAAGAGUCCUGAGUAUAACCGACAGUGUCAGUUCACCUGCCAUUAUGGAACAGCUUAUGAGAUUAUGACAGUACCAAAUGACCCCUACACCUUUCUGUCAUGCGGAGAGGACGGCACAGUGCGAUGGUUUGACCUUCGCACAAAAACAAGUUGCACUAAAGAAGACUGCAAAGAUGACAUUCUGAUUAACUGUCGCAGGGCAGCAACAUCUAUUUCUGUAUCUCCCCUGGUGCCAUACUAUCUUGCUGUGGGCUGUUCAGACAGCUCAGUGCGCAUAUAUGACAGACGUAUGCUGGGCACCAGAGCUACAGGUAAUUACAUGGGCCGUGGAACGACGGGCAUGUGCGUGAGGUUCGUACCAGCCCAUCUCUCCAACAAGUCCUGCAGGGUGACCUCCCUCUGCUACAGCGAGGACGGCCGAGAGGUGCUGGUCAGUUACUCCUCUGAUUACAUCUAUCUGUUCGAUCCCAAAGAUGACCAAGCUCGAGAACUGAAGGGCCCAUCUGAGGAGAGACGGGAGGAGCUGAAGCAGCCCCCAGUGAAGCGCCUCCGACUGCGAGGUGAUUGGUCUGACACUGGACCCCGAGCUCGUCCUGAAAGUGAGAGGGAGAGAGAUGGGGAACAGAGCCCAAACGUGUCUCUGAUGCAGAGGAUGUCGGACAUGUUGUCUCGCUGGUUUGAGGAGGCCAGCGAGGCUCAGACCAGCAGAGGAACCAGACCUCAGACACGACCCAGAGGAACAGCUCUCCGUCCAGAGGGGGCGCCAACUGCUCCAACUGUUCCCACAGUGGUCCCCGCCCAGGAGCCCAGCGCUACCGAUCGGCCCAUGGAGACUGAGACUGAGGUACCUGAAGCUCCUGCCGCCGACGGCCCCAUGCCUAAAUCCACCUCCUCAUCCUCCUCAGGGUCAUCGUCAGUGGUUACAGCACCACCUCCUUCCAGCUCCUCAUCCGCAGAGAGUUCGGCCCCUUCGUCCUCCCCCCUCACAUCCUCCCCUGACUCAGAACAGAGGAGUCAGACCGACACCCCAACACCGACGCCCACUUCAGAUCCAGCACUCUCAGAGUACGGUCCUCAUCGGCUGCCCAUAAGUUUAGUGUGUAGGCGUUUGCAGAGGUUACUUCGCCUGGCCGAUCCCCCUGGACAGGGUCAGCGGGCGGCCUCUUCUUCCACUGCAACCCCUGAGAGACAAUCGCAAAGAACGCCUGCUGCCGCUGAGACACAACCCUGUACAGAUUCCCCCUCGUCUGUGGUUAACAAACAGCUGGGAUCCAUGACUCUUGAUGAACAGCAGGGAGCAGCACAAGCUGCAGUUUCACCUCCCGAUGAAGCCGUUUCUGUGACAGCCAGCGACAGCACACCCACCUCCACCGGUACCAGUCGGCCCAGUGCUGCCGAGCCCGUCCUCAGCCUGCACUACAGCUCAGAGGGAACCACCACCAGCACCAUAAAACUGGACUUCACUGACGAGUGGAGCAGCAGCACAUCCAGCUCUCUUGGUAACGGCAGACCCAAAACCUCUGAGGCUGUGGCUGUACUGAGCAAAGAGAUUCUGUCAGACAGCUCAGGAACAGAACAAGCUCCCUAUGAUUCUUUAGGGCAGCAGAGCGAGCCAAGCUCGUCGGCCCAACCCACAGCCGAGGCCUCCUCCGGAGGAGACAACGUGGCUUCUUCAUCCCUGGACAGGAGUCAGACAGAAAAUGUGGCGGCCGCAUCGGGGGGAUGCAGGAGAGAGGAACCCACCACAGAGGAGGGAGAGCAAAGCCGCAGUCAGCCCACACGGGGAAACCAGGACUCCGAUGACAGCGACGACGACCCGAUUCUCAUCCCAUCAGCAAGGUUCAGAGGGUUACAGGGCCACAGAUUUAAUUCCAGAGGAUCUGCAGUAGGAGAUAGAAUGAUCAGGCGCUCAGCAGCUGCAAGAAUCCAGGAGCUGUUUCGCAGGAGGAAAGAAAGAAGGGAGAUGGAAGAGAGCGAGACGCAGAAUAUUAGGAGGCCCUCAGUCAAAAUGGUCUAUAAGGGUCACCGCAACUCCAGGACAAUGAUAAAGGAGUCGUGUUUCUGGGGGAAUAACUUCGUGAUGAGUGGCUCAGACUGCGGUCACAUCUUCAUCUGGGACAGACACACCGCAGAGCACCUCAUGCUGCUCGAAGCCGACAACCACGUGGUCAACUGCCUGCAGCCGCACCCCUACGACCCCAUUUUGGCUUCAUCAGGGAUCGAUUAUGAUAUCAAGAUUUGGUCACCUCUGGAGGAGUCGCCAUCUUUCAACACCAUCCUCGCUGAUGAGGUCAUAACUCGGAAUGAGCUGAUGCUGGAGGAAACCAGGAACACAAUCACAGUGCCGGCAUCAUUCAUGCUCCGAAUGUUGGCUUCCCUUAAUCACAUCAGAUCAGAUCGAGUAGAAGGUGAUCGCUCUGAAGGUUCGAGUCAGGAAAAUGAUGAAGAACAGUAGCCUGCUGACACUCAUCUUUGCUGUGAAGCACUUGGAAACCUGAGAUUUGUACAACUGUAGAAUAACUUCCUUUUGACAACUGGUGUCAUUUCUAGCUGCCCCCCCAAGUGUUUUUUAAAGAGGACUUUCUUACUGAUGUUUGCGUGUGUGUGUGUGUAAGGAUAAACCUGUGUGGAUGCAAGGAAGUCAAAUUAUGUGAAGACAAAUGAUUGCUGAUGUGCAAGACUGUUAAGUGCAAUAUUAUUUUUGUUGGGAGUGAUUGAGCUUUGAUCAGUGUUAACGUGUGACUUUUUGAAUUUAAUACGAAGCAGAGAAACUCGAACCUGAGCAAGUGCAUGUAAGUAAACAAGACCUAGACACUGCUUUAAUUUUGCGCCCAAAACUGUGGAUCUGAUUCCCAAAGGGUUCUCAAUAAAAUAACUUAGGAAAAAAAAAAA